AUGCGCAUCAAAGCCGUCGCGGUCUGUCGCGGUCCCGUCGGUGAUAAGACUAGCGGAUCUGCAAGACGUCACUUGUACCACGCCACAUGGUUGGUCUCAAGAUGGCAACCACACCACCUCGAACGCAUACGACUUGAGCACCAGCUACGGCUAUGGAUGCCAAGGGAGUUGGCUUCCUACCACCAUCGUUUCCUCAUGCCUUCGGAUGCAGACGUGCUUGUCGCGCUCGCUCAUGUUCAGAUACGCGCACCCGGUGCCGGUGUCGCGAAACUCGUACAAGCACUGAGGGAUGAUCAUCCCGACUGGCAUCCUCCCGUAGACUCGAAGCGCGUGCGCGCCUUGCGCAAGGUCUCUCCAACCUCUCCGUCUUCUCCGGUGACCACCAUCGCCACGUGUCCCAGCUCGGAUGUUAUCGAUACGGUUCACGAUGUCCUCCACAAGCUCUGUGCAGGAGGAGACGAGGCAUUCGCCCACCGCGCAGCGAUCCUUGACAUGACACUCAAGUCGGUCUACACCGCAAACGGCCGCUCACUGCAGACCCUGCCACCCUUACACUCAUUUACUUCAAAAGACUACCGGGAUCUAGCCUCUGUAUAUCCCGCAAGGUCAUGUAAACUGGCGACCACGCUUCUGCUUCUGCUUGUCUCCCCAGACAUGCGUUUGGAGCAGUCUUUGAGAUGGCUCUCUCGAGCACUUGGCGGACUGCCCACGGCCACGGACGUGUCACGUACACCGAGUGCGGAUGCUCUAUCUGCUUAUAUGCGCGCUCGUAAGCGUGCCGAGGUUCUUGGGGAGACGACUGCCAUAGGCGUCAACUUGGUGGAUGUCGAGAUGCUGGUCCGCGGUGGUGACGACUAUGAGAGCUUCGCUCAUUCUUUCACGUUGCUCGUAUCACCUGCUGGAAUGAGGGUGUUACAGGCAUGGGGCGAGCAUGGAUAUUCCCUGGGGGAUAAUCUCAAGCGCGACUCUUCCCGCAUGCGCUCUCUACAAGAAGGCGAGGACUAUAUGCGGGAUUUCGCGCGACUGUCCUCUAUGAGGGGAUCCUGGGGAAAGGACAUCAAUAAACUAUACGCGCGCCUCUUCGACGUCGACGUCCUCUCUCUCAUGCAAGGCGGUGGUUGCAUGACGAAACCCAUCGUGCCGCGUUUUCGCGCAUGGGUUCGCGUCCUCGAGAUCCCUGAUAUUCAGCGUAGGGAUGUCGAACGAUGGAGCACCAUCAUCGAUGCGUUCUCUGAUACCUGCAUCCGAGAUGCAAAGUCCACUCUUUCAACCUAG